AUGGAGAUUAUCCCGUCUUCAUCUUCACCUUCACCUUCACCUUCGUCUUCUUCAAGUAGAUUCAAACUUUUUGACCAGUUAGAAUUGCAAGAAUUCAACGAUAAGUACGUGAUCAAAUCCGUUGAAUCUCCUAAUCGCGGCUUCUCUAUUAGUCGUCUCCACGGAGAUAUCCAGUCUCUUAAUGAUAAUGAUGAUGAGAGUUCCGUUAGUCCGUCAAAAACCUCGGCUAUCUACGGCGUAGUCGGAACAUACAUGCUUGUGAUAAUUUCGCGGAAAGAAGUUGGAACAUUUCUUGGUUUUCCUGUUUUCCGAAUAACAGCAAUGAAGUUUUUGCCUUGCAAUGACGCAUUGAAGUUUUCGACUACGCAAGAAAAAAGAGACGAGGCUUACUUUAUGAAUCUUUUGAAAGUGGUGGAGUCAACUCCUGGGUUGUAUUAUUCGUAUGAAACGGAUAUGACAUUGAACGUACAAAGAAGAUGUAAAUUAGCGGAAGGGUGGAUGAGUAAACCGCUUUGGAAGACAGCUGACCCUCGAUUUGUUUGGAACAAAAAUCUUUUGGAUGAACUUAUUGAGUUUAAGCUAAAGCUAAAAGAAUCAUCUGCAACAGUUACAUUACUUUCGAGAAGGUGUACUCGGCGUCUAGGUAUUGGAUUGCAGGGGACACGAAUGUGGAGACGAGGAGCUAACCUUGAAGGAGACACUGCUAAUUUUAUUGAAACUGAGCAAUUGCUGGAGCUUGAAGGUUACAGAUCUUCAUUCUUGCAGAUUCGAGGUUCGAUUCCCCUACUUUGGGAGCAGAUUGUUGAUUUGAGCUAUAGACCACGUCUUAGAAUUAUUAAUCAUGAGCAAAUGUCAAAGGUUGUGGAGCGCCAUUUCCAUGAUCUUUACCAACGAUAUGGGGACACCAUAGCAGUUGAUUUAACCAAUAAACAUGGUGAUGAAGGUCAAUUAAGCAUGGCUUAUGCUGCUGAAAUGCAAAAGCUUCCAAAUAAUAGGAUACCACGAUAUAUGUGGCUGCAGUGUCAUCUCUAUGCUAUGGAUGUUGUUGGUGGGCAUGUUGGCUUUAUGGUCAAGCUAACUAAUUCAGCAAAACAAGUACCAACCUACCAAAAGGAGUUUGCAUAUCCUUCUUCAUCUUCUUCCUCCUCCUUCCCCUUCCUUCUACUUAGCGGAUAUGUAUCAUUUGACUUUCAUCAUUUUUGUGGCAACUCAAACUUUGAUAAUCUACAAAUUCUAUAUGAUCAAAUCUCUGACGACUUCCAAAAGCAAGGAUAUCUCCUCAUAGACCCAGAAGGAAAUAUAUUGGAGGAGCAGAAUGGAAUUUUUAGAUCUAACUGCAUUGACUGCUUGGAUCGAUCAAAUGUUACCCAGAGUUUUUUGGGUCAGAAGUCUUUAACCAUACAAUUGCAAAGAAUAGGAGUGCUUACUUCUAUCGAGUGCAUUUCUAUGUUCAUUGAAGAAUAUGGAAAGUUCAGAACAUUAUGGGCUGAGCAAGGUGAUGAGGUCAGCCUUGAAUAUGCUGGAACUCAUGCUUUGAAAGGGGAUUUGGUUCGAUAUGGAAAACAGACUAUAGGUGGAAUAAUCAAAGAUGGGAUGAGUGCCCUUUCAAGAUACUAUCUGAACAAUUUUCAAGAUGGAGUUCGGCAGGAUGCACUGGAUCUUAUAAGUGGCCGUUAUAGUGUCAACAGAAAUGAUCCUUCACCAUUCCAGCUCAAUGGAUUCGAAUCAUUUUCUGGUCCAUAUACUGUAGUUCAGUCCGGUGGCCGUGUUAUUCAUACUAUAGCGAAUAGCACAGAAAUGCAUGUGCAGGACCACUCACAAAACCAUAUAUUCAGAUAUCUUGAAGGGAUGUCAACCUUUAUGUCAUCAUAUAGUGAGAAUCUGUUAGGGAAUACAUUCUCCAACUGA